AUGCGCGUCCGCCCGGAGGAGGCUGCAGCGGUGCUGUUGCACGAAGGUGCUUCCCGUCUGAGUCUCUGCUGCGUGUGUGGUUCCCCCUCCUCUGCCCUCCUGCGUUUCGUGCAUGUGCUACUGGAGCUGCUCCGAUCGGGGCCGGCUGUGCAGAGCCCCCCCUCGCCCCCUUCUUCCUCCUCCUUUCGCCUUCCUCCCUUGUUCGUCGCUCCGUAUCUUGCCGAUGACCCGGCCCCUCCGCCGACGCCCGGGAGCAGCGCGGCCCUCCCUGGAGACUUUUUCUCGCCCCUCCGGCUUGCGACGGUCCCGCCGCUGACACCGCGUCCCGCUUCCUCGGGCUGGAUUUUCCCCUCUUGGCAAGAGGCAGAAGUGGGGAGAGGAGUCGCCUCCGCCCGGGGUUUCCGGCCUUACAAUUACAUCGGCAACUUGCGAGACCGAGAGGGGGUUUAUUCACUCGCGGGGCGGCCGUGGCCACCCCCCCCCCUCUCCCCCCCCGCCCCCUCCGCCCCGUCGGGUCCCGUCCCGUCCCGCCGCGCCCGGGCGCUGCGGGCGCCGCCCGCCGGCAGGAGCGCCGCCGAAGGAGCGCGGAGCGGCGGUGAGCGUCCCGAGCGCGGCCCGUCCGCCUCCCCCGGGCACCCCCGGCCCUCCCCGGAACAGCAGCAACAAAGGACGCCGCGGGGCGGAGGAUGUCCCCGCGGCGGGGGCACUGAGCGGGUGUCGCCGCUCCUGCCCCCCUCGGCGCCCCGGGUGUGAAGCCGGGGCAGGGCGGGGGUGCUCGCCGCGAGAACCGCGCUGCGAGGGAGCCCCGCCGCGGCCGG